UUUAGAGUAUAAAUAUCGAUGUAACGCCGAGGAUUUGAUCAGAAUUAAUUUGUUCGUCUUUCAGAACACAGCGAAAUAUUCCAACAAUUGCAAUCAUGAAGUGCAUCGCAGCUGUAGUCAUGAUGGCGCUGGCCGCUGUCGCCGAAGCUGGACUCGCCCCCCUUCUGUACGGGGCGCCACUGGCCCUUGCUGCCCCGCACACAACGGUGGUGCAGAGUAACUCGGAUGCCAAGUUUAUUGCCGCCGCACCAGCAUACGCCUAUGCUCAUGCACCGCUGGCAUAUGCUCCAGCUGCUCCGUAUUAUUACACCGCUCCAUUGGCCUACAGUGCACCGGCAUUCGUCUAUCAGAAGGAGGCUCGCUAUCUUGCUGCCAACCGAGGAGCGAUCCAUGAGGCCCCAUUGCCAGGCCAUGCUUUCUCCCAGCAACAACUCAACCUGGAAUCUGCGCCAGGUUCGGACUAAACGUUGCUGGUUAGCAUAAAUAGUUUGUUCCCCCAAAAAUAGUCAUGAAAUCAGAUCAAAAACACAAUGAGGAACAAUGAACAUUUAAAAGCAAUUCGUUCGAAAUACAAACAUUCGGCUACCAAUGUAAA